CACCAACAGAGCCCUGGAGUCUAACGUGCCGCUGCUUGUGUGAAGGACAGGAUCCCCCUUGAACUUGCCAAGAGAUGUCUCAGCUCCUCGGGAACAUCCACAGCAUCAUCGGUGCUUUCAACAAGUACGCAAAGGAUGAUGGGGAAUGUGCGACGCUCAGCAAGGGCGAGCUGAAGAGUCUCAUCCAGAAGGAGUUUGCCGAGGUGAUCGUGAACCCGCAGGACCCUGAGACAAUCGAGACCAUGCUGCAGCUGCUUGACAAAGACUGUGAUGGCAAGGUGGACUUUGAGGAGUUCACCAUCCUGGUGUUCAAAGUGGCAAAGGCCUGCUAUAAGAAGGAACACGAGUGCGGAGUAACAGCAGAAGGGCAGUCCAGGAGAGGAGGAUGCAAGGCAAGGAGACAGGACACAUCAGCGCUGAGCAAAGACUCAACUCAACAACCUGCCCAGGAACCGGAGAAAGUUCCUGAACCUGAGUCUCAGUGCUCAUCUCAAGAAGAGAAGCAGGAGUCCCCUAAAUCAGAGGCACUCUCUGAUAGAUGGAGUAAAGAACCCCCAAAACAAGAACGGGGUUCCCGAUUUUCACAGAAGCCAUCGGGGACGUGUCCAGCUCAAAGGGAGAGAGAGGAAGGCAAAAGAGCAGAGAAGGAGCCACCUUGCCAAGUUUCUCAGAGAGAAGUGCAGCAUUGCUCCAAGCCCUCGCAGCGGGAACCCCAAACCGUAGCUGAGGAGAUAAGCAGACAAAGCCGCCAGGAACCUGUCACACCGGAUGAAUGCCAAACUCAAGGAACUCAACAGAGCACAGUCCAAAAACCAUCCCAGCCAUGUCAGAUGGAGGAACAGGGCCACAGGGAGCCACGGGAGCAAGAGCAGGCAGCUCAGCAACCUACUCCCCAUCGAAAGGAAGCUCCGAGAGAGACCCAAGAGCCACUGAAGAGGGAACAGGAUGUAGUGAAGCCCAAGUCGCAAGAAUCACAGAAAGCGGUUCGAAGACCAGCCCAAAGGGGGGUUCGGGAACCUCAAGCACCAGAACAGAAGUCAACUGCCCAGUCCUGCCGAGAUCACCAGGAGGAACAGCCUUCAUUGGGCUGCGGGAAAGAAAGAACAUCAACGUCUGAGCAACAUUCAACCCGUUGUCAGGAACAGGAACCUCAGAGAGGAGAGCGGUCCAUGCAGCAACAGGAAUGUAAGCCCCAGACACGGGGAAAAGGUGCCAUUUGUAAACUUGUAGAAGAGCAUAAUUCUUGCCGACAGCCAACAAAGGAGGUUCAAGAACCGGAACAGGCUCAGAGUUGCAAGCCAGAUGGUGGACUUCUGACACAUGGAAAGCAAUUGACUCACCAGAAGGAAUGUCAGUCUCAAAGUCAUGAGCAGGCCCUGACUGGCCAAGAAGAGCAAGAGUCUCGAUCCCCAGAGGAGGCCCCAACUGGCUGUCAUGAGCGUCAACCUUUGACCACAGUACGACAUCAACCACAUCAAGACGUGCAGGAGACUCAGCGCUCUGGAAAGAGCCAUUACUGCCGCCGUGAAUGUCAGACUCUGACACCAGAACAAGUCGUUUCUCCUCAAGAGGACACAAAGCCUCAGACAUCAGAGAAGGAAGGCUGUGAAGACGUCAACCCUGUCCAGAGGAGAGUAAGCCUCAAAAGCCAGGGCAUGGUCAACAUCUCGGUCAUGCAUGCCAGCCUCGGACACCAAAGCAGGUCCCCUCUGCUCAGACACAGGAGAGAGAAGCCAGCUGUGAGACACCAGAAGCUCAAGAGAAGGCCACAUCUAGAGGUCAGCCAUCAGAACAAUGCCAACCCUGUAUAG